AUGACUACUCUAGCCACAAACCCUUCCAUAUCGCAGGGGUUCUAUAAGCCCGAAGAAAAUGUCUUCUGCAAUGAUGGCCGUGAAGACCAGCUCCUCCACUUCAUAACUACCCAUCCUCAACUCUCCGCCAUCCGCAACUCGCCCCAGGCCGUACUCGCCGCCAUCGACGAGUUCGCGCGCACCAAAGACUUCCUGAUGAACGUGGGCCCUCACAAAGGAACCAUUAUCACCGACAUCAUCGCUACCGAGCGACCAAGCUCCAUUCUCGAAAUCGGUGGCUACGUUGGCUACUCGGCCAUCAUGUUCGGCAGCGCCAUGCGCAACACGAGCGUCCUGGCCCCUCGCUACGUCAGUCUUGAGAUGAACCCAAAGUUCGCAUCUGUCUCGCGCGCCUUGGUGGAAAUUGCUGGCCUCAGUGAUGUCGUUGAUAUCCAAGAGGGCCCGUGUCGGGCGUCACUGCAGCGUCUUGCGGCGGACACCUCAAACCAGGGACCCAGCUCGAAGAAGUGGGAUAUGUUGUUCUUGGAUCACUCGAAGAUCUCGUACUUGAAUGAUCUGAAAUUAGCCGAGGAGCUGGGAAUCGUUGCGCCUGAAUCAAUUGUUAUUGCGGACGAUAUGAAGAGACCGGGCAAUCCGAUGUAUUCGGACUAUGUGAGAGCUGAUACCGCGACAAAGGUAGAGGCGUAUAUGCCCUUUGUCAACUGUCUGUCUGACGGGGGUAUCUCGUUGGGAAAUCCGUACUUGGUAUACCGCACUACGCUGCUUGAAGGGUUGGAGCCGACAGGGCACAUGGAUGCCGUAGAGAUAUCUCGGUGUGUAGAGUCGGUAACUAAGAACUGA